UCAAGAGCCAGCUCCACAGGACUCUGCGGAUCAAGAAAUGGAGGAAGAGCAUCCACAGCCAGUGUUGGCCUCCUCUUCCUCUCCCCUGAAAUUCUCCUGUCAUUGGUCUAACAUCAGUGAAGAAAGGAUGCUCUUGUGAUUAAGACACUAGAUUGGAUUUAGCAGAUCUGGAUUCAAUUCCUGGCUCUGCCACAGACUUCCUAGGAUCUUGACCCAAUGAAGACAGGGACGUUGUCUCCUCUUCCAAGCAGAACUACAUUGCAGUGAAUUCUGAUAGUUGUACAGCAGGUGACUGAAUCAACUAAACAAUAAAGCUGGAGCACAUGAAAAUUUUGGUCCUGCUGUUCAUGCAUGUAAGAAAGAAUGGUGGAAGACUCAGAAGACCUAAAAGACUCUGGAAGUCAGAGAAUAUGGACAGAAACACCCAUCAAGAGAGAGAACCGAUUUAUUGAUGCAGUGCUGAGCUAUCUCAUGGGUCCAAGGUUUCUGGUUUAUGCAAGCUGUGCACUUUCUAUAUGGGGAGAUCGAAUGUGGCACUUUGCCAUGUCUGUAUUCCUGAUAGAAUUGUAUGGACAUAAUCUCCUUCUAACAGCUGUUUUUGGGUUAGUGGUGGCUGGCUCAGUACUAGUGUUUGGGGCCUUAAUUGGAGAUUGGAUUGAUAGAAAACCAAGAAAUAAAGUUGCUCAUGCAUCGCUGUUCAUUCAGAACUCCUCUGUCACUGCCUGCUGCGUAGUACUGAUGUUGGUGUUCUCUUACAAAACCGAGAUUGAGCAAAUGUGGCACGGCUGGUUUACUGUGUUCUGUUAUGCAGUGGUAAUCAUCUUAGCCGAUCUGGCAAACCUGGCAAGCACAGCGCUGACGAUAACCAUUCAGAAAGACUGGAUUGUGGUCAUCACAGGUGAUAACAGAGGCCAGCUGGCUGGAAUGAAUGCAGCUAUAAGAAGAAUGGAUCAAGUCAUAAAUAUCUUCGCUCCUCUGUCUGUGGGGCAGGUUAUGACCUGGGCCUCUAAUGUCAUUGGCUGUGGAUUUAUUCUUGGAUGGAACUUGAUCUCUCUUCUGGUAGAAUUUAUAUUCCUAUCCAGGGUGUACCAACUAGUGCCUCCUUUGGCUGUAAAAUCUCAACAGAAUGCAGGAGAAUAUGUUAUAGAAAGACAAGUGGAACUUACAAAUGUGCCAGGGGAUCUUCCCAUUUGCUCAGCUGUUGUUGAAUUCAUCAACAAACCUGGGAUUCCAGAGGCACCGACAGAGCAGAAAUCCAGUCCUGAAAUGCAACGCAAGUCAGUCACAAAACUGCCUCUUUGCUUCAGAAAAAUGCACAGGAUGCUGUGUACGUGCAGAGAUGGCUGGAAAGCAUAUUACAGGCAGUCUGUCUUUUUAGCAGGCUUGGGUUUAGCCUUCUUGUACACCACAGUGCUUGGCUUUGACUGUAUCACUACAGGGUACGCCUACACGCAGGGGAUCAGUGGCUCUCUUCUCAGCAUACUCAUGGCUCUUUCUGCCUUCUCAGGACUAAUGGGCACAAUUUUGUUUACUAAGCUAAGGAAGCAUUAUGGCUUGGCUGUCACAGGAGUCGUAUCCAGCCUCCUCCAUGUAAGCUGUUUAAUGCUGUGUGUGUUUUCAGUCUUUGCCCCCGGCAGUCCUUUUGACUUGGGUAUUUUCUCUCUUCUCACAAGUAAGAACUCUUCCUUAAACCACGAGACACUGCAAAAGAACCAGCUGCAUAUUUACCCAUUCCAAAGAAACAUCAACCAACCCAUACUGCCAGAUCGUUCUUCAAUUCAUUGGACUAAUAACACAGUGCUGUUGGACAGCGUGCAUGGGAGCGAUCACCCAGAAUCCUAUAUUUCAAUCAUUCUCUUGUUUUCAGGAGUGAUAUUAGCCAGAAUUGGUCUUUGGUCAUUUGACUUGACUGUGACCCAGCUUCUUCAGGAGAACAUUCCAGAAUCAGAGCGUGGGAUAGUCAAUGGUGUGCAGAGCUCUAUGAACUACUUGAUGGACCUUGUACAUUUCAUUAUGGUUAUUCUAGCUCCUCAACCACAACAAUUUGGGUUGCUGGUGAUAAUUUCCUUACUGUUUGUGAUAACGGGGCAUGUCAUGUAUUUUAUUUAUGCUAAAAAAUAUAAAAUUAAAGAAACUGUGAUACAAACAAACUCAGAGAGGAAGCCACAGAAUCCCUCUGUCUGAAAGUCUCAUAAUCCUUUAUUUCAAAAUUAUCCCAUCAUUCAUGGAGUAUAGGUUACUUGCAUAAAAAUGUUGACUAAACUCAACACACUAGCCAAAAUGUUUCUCUGUUUCUAUUCCCACCCCAAACACACGGCUAUAUCAUGAGAAAUAAAGAACAAAAUACUAACUGGAAGACUUAUUUCAAAACACUUAAAGAUUGUGUUUUUUAAAGGACAGUCUCAUUUCUGUAUCUGCUUAGUUUUUACAAUCAACUCUUUGCAAGGACACACAAAGCUUAUUCUCAGGGUUCCAAAUGAAAAUGACAAGGCAACUAUUUUUCCGUUUGUUAUCCAUAUGUAGAGAAUAUUAAAACAGAAUUCACAAUUUGCACAUCACAACCCGCCCUUCCUAAGCAAAUGAUACCGUAGUUAUUUUUUUAACCAUCUUUUCCAUCACACAAGAUGGAGCAACAGGAAUGUGUCUUCCUAGAUAGUUCAUAGAAACCAAUAACUUAUUUAUAGCCAGCACAUUGUGUUCAACUUAUCACUAAGAAAUUCUGUUUUUUUUAUUUUGGACUGGCCAAAUACUGACCCCUGUAUUGCAUAUAAAUAUUUUCCCCUUAUUUGAAAGGUUCAUUGAAGUUAUUAUACUAGGUGAUUUAGGGUUUUUUGCAGCACCUCUUUUUUUCCUACUUUGAUUUUAUUUUUUAAUGUGAAAAACUA